GGUAAAUUAGUGAGGGCAUUCUAGGCAAAUGAAUCUUAAUCGUGAAAAAUCUUUCAUUGAAACGUUUUCCCCUUCCCUCUCCCAACAUCGGAGUCAGGAGUACACAAUAGUUUUUCCAUUUUGAUUGUGCUUAAAAUGGAAUCUGGUUCGAGUGGUGAAGAACCUACUUCGUGGGAUGAACUUUACAGUAUUAAUUUGAUGCCAUCGGAGUUGUUCCUUAAGUUUCGAAAGGAUGUCGAGGGAAUUCGGGUUGGAGUCAAUUUAGAGUUCUACAAUGCUCCAGUCAAUGAAUUGCAAACAAAGAUUGUUCUCAAGCCUUUAGCUCCGGAGCGGAGAUGGAAGUUCAUAUAUGAGCCCAUACACAAGGAUGUACGCAUUCUCUCAAAAAAGAUUCCUAUUACCAAAUUUUUAAAUCUUCAGGUUGGAAUAGGACAUAACUUUCAGUUACAUGCAACCGGUUGGAAAUGGAAGCUUACUAGUUGUUUGGGUGGGGACGGCAUAUCCCGCAUUCGAAAUAAGACAUCACUUGGCUUGGUCCCUGGCAUGGAUUUUCGCUUUGGGUGGAGGGCUGACUAUGUUCUUCCAGAAAUUACUGGGGCUUUGGGUACUGGCGAACCAUUGUUCAACAUGAACUCAGGACGACUUCAAGCUUCCUUGGACAGAGUUGAGGCCAUUCUAACGCAUACAUCAUGAUUUACGUCAAUUAAAAAGGCUGGUUCGGCUGGAACUAAAGAGGAGACUACUAGAUGAAAUGCUGCUUAGCACAUCCGAUAAUGGCAUCAAUCAUCUCUGGGUAUGGUAUUUAUUAGCUAACAUGCCUUAGUCUUUCAAUAUGGAACCGCAUCACUGAACUGGAUGGUUUCUCCCACCUCCCCCCCCUUCCUCUUCUUUUCGCCUUUUUCUUUUGUAGAGGAUACAUGGUAAAUUUAUGUAAAUUCAUUGCUUUCUGUUGUGGGAUUUCUGUUGUAAGACCCUAAACUCUGGGUUAGUUCCUUGGCUGGAAGGGACUUAAUAGUCAUCACGGCGACUGUAGGUAUUUUCAAUUUAUCAUUCUCUGAUGCAAUUAAACCAGACAAGGAAACUUUUGAACUUCUAAAUAAAUCUAAGCUAGGAUAGUUUCUUAUGCUAGUUUUCUCGACCGAGAAAAUGAAAA